ACACGUCUGGCUGACAGCUAGUUCCGGGUCAUGUGAUCACCGGAGAACGCGUCCUCUCCGCCACGUUCCUGUGCUGUGCCUGGGAUAGCAGGGAGCCGUAAAGCAUGUCGCUUCUCCAAGCUACUGAAGUGCCCUCCUCCGCUCCGGUGUUUCGGGAGAUCAGCGCCGACGAUGAGGAGCAGCAGCCGAUGGAGAUCGAGUCCCUGUGCAUGAACUGCUACCAGAAUGGUAUGACAAGACUUCUGCUCACCAAAGUGCCUUUCUUCAAGGAGAUCAUCGUCAGCUCGUUCACAUGCGAUGCUUGUGAUUGGACCAACACGGAGAUCCAGUCCGCCGGCCGCAUCCAGGACCAAGGGGUCCGAUACUCCCUGAGCGUCAGAAACAAAAGGGAUGUGAAUCGCGAGGUGGUAAAAACCGACUUUGCCUCCACACAUAUCCCAGAGAUUGAUUUUGAGAUUCCUGCCUGUACCCAGAAAGGAGCGCUCACGACCAUUGAAGGCAUCUUAGAAAGGACCAUUGCAGGAUUGCAGCAGGAGCAGCCUCUCCGGCGGGCUGAGAACGCACAAGUUGCGAAAAAGAUUGAGGAGUUCAUCUCCAAACUUCAGAGCCUUAAGAAUGGGGAGACUCCCUUCACAAUUAUCAUAGAUGACCCCUCUGGGAACAGUUUUGUAGAAAAUCCAUUUGUCCCCCAGAAAGAUGACGCCCUUACAGUUACACACUACAGGAGGAGCGGAGAGCAGAACUCCUUACUAGGAAUAGAGAGCUUGGAUGGCCAGAAGGAUGGUGAGGAGAAGCCAGAAGAUCUGAAGGAUGAGGUUCUUCAGUUCCAAACGAACUGUCCUGAGUGCAAUGCUCCUGCGGCAACCAAUAUGAAAUUAGUGCAAAUCCCUCACUUCAAAGACGUCAUUAUCAUGGCCACGAACUGCGAUGCCUGCGGCCACAGGACCAAUGAGGUCAAAUCUGGAGGCGCUAUUGAAGCUCUUGGUACUAAAAUAACACUCCACAUAACAGAUCCGUCUGAUCUUACCAGAGAUCUCCUCAAGUCCGAGACCUGCAAUGUAAGCGUUCCGGAGCUGGAGUUUGAGUUGGGGAUGGGAGCGCUGGGAGGGAAGUUUACCACUGUGGAGGGACUCUUGAAGGACAUCAGAGAACUGGUGGUUGACAAAAAUCCCUUCACUCUUGGUGACAGCUCUAUGUCCGACAGGAAGGGGAAACUGCAGGAAUUUGGCAAAAAAAUUGACCAGAUCAUAGAGGGACAGAUGAAGGCUCAUUUUGUUCUGGACGAUCCAGCAGGGAACAGCUAUCUCCAGAAUGUUUAUGCACCAGAGGAGGAUCCCGAAAUGAAGGUGGAGAAGUACGAGCGAUCGUAUGAACAGAAUGAGGACCUGGGACUCAAUGACAUGAAAACGGAGGGUUAUGAAGAACAGACGUCGGCUAGCUGUUAGCAGUCUGAUCCCAGCUUCGCUCAAUGGCGGGGAAAAAGCAAAAGGUCAUUGAUACUUCCUAUGGCAAAGGUCCAACAACUAACUCUCCUGGUGCUGGAUGUGAGGAGGAACAGCAUGAAUCUGAGAGCUAUUGGCGACCAUUGUAUAGUAUUAUCCUGUGCAUCCACUAGAGCGUUCCCAGGAUGAGGGCACCAUUUUUUUUCGGAGCUUUUUCAUCUCCUUUUUUUUUUUUAACUUUAGAUGGAAAUCGUGGACUUGAAAUCUAAGAUACCCAGGAUGCUGGGAGAGGUUCGGUUUGCAGAAUACCAGUAUUUUAAGUUAAAGGGGUUCUCCGGGCUUUUAAUAUUGAUGACCUAUCCUCAGGAUAGGUCAUCAAUAUCAGAUUGGCGGCGGUCCGACACCC